CCGAGCGUGUGUGAUAGGAAAACAACACCGCAGUUUUGGGUAGUUUUGCAUCGAGCAAAACUUUUCCGCCACAAAUUUCGCGAAUUUUACCAUCUAUUUUAGGCACACCGAUAUUUCCUUAGGUUAAUCGCUAGGUCUAGUUCGUUAGGAUGUUCAAAAAAUUCGACGAGAAGGAGAGCAUCUCCGGUGUGCAGCAGCUGAAGUCCUCGGUUCAGAAGGGCAUCCGCAACAAGCUCAUCGAGCAGUACCCACACAUCGAAGGCCACAUCGAUAUGGUGCUGCCCAAGAAGGACCAGUUCCGGAUUGUGAAAUGCCACGACCACAUCGAGAUUCUGGUGAACAGUGCCGGCGAGCAGUUGUUCUUCCGGCACCGGGAGGGCUCGUGGAUGCCUACGCUCCGGCUGUACCACAAGUACCCGUUCUUCCUGCCGAUGGAACAGGUCGACAAGGGUGCCAUCCGGUUUGUGUUGAGCGGAGCGAACAUCAUGUGUCCGGGACUGACGUCCCCGGGGGCAUGCAUGACCAAAGUGGACAAGGGUACGGUGGUGGCCAUCAUGGCCGAGGGCAAGAAUCAUGCCCUGGCCAUCGGGCAGACGACGCUGUCCACGGAUGAUAUCGCUAAGGUCAACAAGGGAGUCGGUGUGGAGAAUUGUCACUACUUGAACGAUGGUCUCUGGCAGAUGAAACCGGUCAAGUAAGCGCGCCACUAGUCCACCCCAGGGAGCUGUGUUCUCUAACCCAAAUAGGAAAUACGGAAACAAACAACACUGAACUAAAAUCUUGGCAACUUUGCGAGAAGAAAAAGUGCAACACAAAAUUCUAUUCUACACGCAUACCAACUAUCAUAACUGUCUAUCUGUGAAAUGGAAAAAUAUAUUAUUCGAUGUGAGUUAUUCGCUCGGAUAGUAAGAUAUAAA